AGUGCAGCCUCGGUUUGUCCAAUAAUGAUGUAUGAUAACAAGUGGGCUGCUGCUGUGCUGCACCUGCGCAGAUAACCGCAGAUCUACAAGUCGUUAGAUUCCUGGUGCGGAAGUGUUCCCUGUCUGACCGUCUCUUUGGGGGCCGGGUCAUGAAACUUCAGGGGUGGAUCUCCUUCAGUAACUUGGCAGCUGGAGUUCUCUCUUCAGCAUCCUGGAGGCUGGUGGCUCUCAGCAGCAGCAGCAGCAGCAGCAGCCGCCGCCGCCAGAAACACGUGUGGUUCAGUCGGUCCGUCGCGAACAACAUGGCAGAGGAAGCGAAGAAACUGGCCGCUUACGCCGCGGUGGAUAACCACGUCCAGAACAACCAGGUGGUUGGAGUGGGCAGCGGAUCAACCAUUGUCUAUGCUGUGGACAGAUUAGCUGAGAGAGUGCGUCAGGAGAAACUCAACAUCGUGUGUGUGCCCACCUCUUUCCAGGCUCGUCAGCUGAUUUUGCAGCACGGCCUGGCGCUGUCGGAUCUGGACAGGCACCCAGAGCUGGACGUGGCGAUUGACGGCGCAGACGAGGUGGACGCAGACCUCACGCUGAUCAAAGGCGGCGGCGGCUGCCUGACUCAGGAGAAGAUUGUCGCCGGCUGUGCCAAACAUUUCGUUGUCGUUGCUGACUACAGGAAGGACUCCAAGGCUCUGGGCCAGCAGUGGAAGAAGGGAGUUCCUAUUGAGGUGAUCCCCAUGGCGUACGUCCCCGUCUCCAGGACGAUAGCCAAGCGCUUUGGAGGGGAGGCAAACUUACGGAUGGCUGUCAGUAAAGCAGGUCCUGUGGUCACUGACAACAGUAACUUCAUCCUGGACUGGAAGUUUGAGCACGCCGAGAACUGGAAGGAAGUCAACACCGCAAUCAAGAUGAUUCCAGGUGUGGUGGAGACUGGGCUUUUCGUCGGCAUGGCUGAACGAGCCUACUUUGGGAUGGAAGAUGGAAGCGUGCAGGUUCGAGAUCCUCCCGUCAACUGAAGAGUUUGCCACGUUCCCGGUCGUCCCUCCUCCCGAAUGACCUCACUUUUACCCACAAGUGCCGUGUUUAUGAUUUACACCUGGUCUCGGACUGUGUUUGGACAGAGCUGCACCUCCUGCAGAACUGGACCAAACUGUAGCUGGGCUCUUUUCGCACAUCUCAAAGCCAGAUACAUUUGAGGAUCACUUGGUUUUUCUCAUUCUGCAGGUGAUGCGUCUGACACUGAGUUUUAAAGUGCCUGAUGAGUAAAAUCAAGUGCAUCGGAUAUGCUUAGUGUUUUUUUUAUUAUUAUUUUUUCCUUAUUGUUGCUCAGUUUGGCUGCCUGGUCUCAGUGGGAACGUUGGCUCUCCCUGUGAUUAGCAGGUUUGACUAAAUGUCUAAGUGCUGUCAAUCACUGCAGUGUCGCAGAAUGAAACUAAGGUGUGCCUUGAGAUUAUAUUUUCAGUUCUAUCAAAAGAAAUGAUGCUAUUAAAGUUACAUUUAAAAGUUUAUAAUCAUACGUCAAACUAUUGCCAUCUGCUACUUUAGGCUGCUGCAAAUAACCGAAGUCCACUCGUCAAGUGAAGGCUCAGGACAUUGUAAGCAGUCAGACAGCUGAUAUGUCAUUUUGUUUCAUUAGAUCACAGAGAGGAGUAAUAUGAACAAUAUUCGACAGCAUCAAGACGUUAUACUUUACAGAAUUAAUUUCUGUAAUUAAUAUUCUAAUUUAAACUGAAAAAAGCUAAAAAAAAAAAUGAAUGAGAUCUUCAGUCAUGAUAUGGGAGUUCUUCUCCCUGGCUGUUGUUAAUUGCUAACUGAUGUAGCUCAAAUCUGAACCAACAGCAACACAAGUAUAUUGUAUGUGCCUUGGCAGCCUGUUUUAUUCAGAUGUAGCCAGAUUCAUUGAUUAUGUAGCUGGUCCCAUUGUUGGAACACUGUCACUCAGAAUCAGUGCUAAAUUAGGAUUAAAAACUGCAUCAUCAGGUUUUAGGCAAGACCUUUCAAUAUAUAAUUGUAUCAAAAAUGCAGCAGCUAAAGACCAUAGAUAAAUCCUUAAGGUUUGGUUUAAUUAGUGUCCAGCUCCCAAAAAAAAACUCUGACAUAUGUCAUGUUUCAUGAAGUCAUUUAAAUAUUUUGAAGUCUUAAACAGGAACAACCAUCAUUUUGUUAAAAACUUGUGAUAGUUUAUUUUACAGAUGCUUGAUAUAUUUCACUUUGGAAUGCAGUUGUUGUUCUUUUGGCUCACAAUGCCUUAAACUUAAUUUUUGUGUGUUUUAUUCUUUUGUAUGUACACCUCUCAGCAACAUCUGGGAAAUGUAAAUGCUAAUUUGUCUACAAGCCACUGUUAUUAGGUACCGGGCAUCCAAUUCUAUUAGUCGACUUCUACUAUUCGAGUUGAAUUCUGCUCUCUUAAAUCAAAUGGAACUGGAUGCGUUGAGGAUGUAUCGGCUUCAGUGGUGUGUAGACAAAGCAAAAGUUAACUGAGAAUAUAUGGCCCAGUUUGGGUCCGAUACAAGUUGUAGUACACCUCUUAUUCCUUUCUUUACUAAUUCACUGUGAUAAUCAUUUUUGCUGUGAAGGUGCUCUUUUGUUUGUCAACCAAUACAUAACUGUAAUGAGAACA